UGAGGGCUUGGAAAGUGAACACAAGACACGUUGGCUUGCAUAUGUCGUGAUUGUCAAUAAAUAACGGGUGUUUUUUAGCUUUAAAUAUUUGUUAUUCACUUAAAAUAGAUAAUAAAUACGACAAUAAAUAGACAUUAGUUUUGUACUUUUAAGUCAUUCCGUUUACUUCUACAUGCAAAUUUAUAAAAUUAUUCAAACAUGCGAAUUGUGCAGAUAAGAAGAAACCGCUUAUUUCAAUUAUGUGCUUGGCUUUGCUUGGCCACUUUAAUAAUUUAUGCAUUUCUGUCUUUUGCUUCGAAAGAUCAUGUUAACUCCAUUAAAGGAUAUCUAAUAAAAAAUAUCGUGCAGAAACCUGUUGCGGUGGAUGGUUUGGGUAAUUUUGAACCUACGAAUGUAAAGCCAAGAACUGGACCAGGAGAAGAUGGAAAGCCACAUAUUUUAAGAGAAGAUCAACAAAAUGACGUUCAACAAUCGGAAGCAGAAUAUGGAAUGAAUAUGGUGUGCUCAGACGAAAUUUCUCCGGAUAGAUCAAUUCCUGACUCAAGACCUGAUGAAUGCAAACACUGGGAUUAUCCUAAAAAUUUGCCACGUACGAGUGUUAUUAUUGUUUUUCACAAUGAAGGUUUCUCGGUGUUAAUGAGAACGGUGCACACCGUGAUAAAUAGAACGCCACCUGAAUUUUUAGAAGAAGUUCUUCUUGUAGACGAUUUUUCGGAUAAAGAAAAUUUGAGAGGAGAAUUGGAGUCCUACAUAGAGAAAUGGGAUGGUAAAGUGAAACUAAUAAGAAAUCAUGAGAGACAAGGUUUGAUUCGAACCAGAUCACGUGGAGCUCGAGAAGCAAAGGGAGAAGUUAUUGUCUUCUUAGAUGCCCAUUGUGAAGUUAAUACCAAUUGGCUGCCGCCUUUAUUAGCUCCGAUUGCUCUCAACAGUAACGUGAUGACUGUUCCCGUAAUCGAUGGAAUCGAUCACAAGACUUUUGAAUAUCGACAAGUUUAUCACGAAGGCCGUCUGUACAGGGGAAUUUUCGAAUGGGGAAUGUUGUAUAAAGAAAAUGAAUUGCCAAAUCGAGAGUCGAAAACUCGAGAACACAGUAGUAUGCCAUACAGGUCACCAACACAUGCAGGUGGACUAUUUGCAAUAAAUCGAAAAUACUUUAUAUCAUUGGGUGGCUACGAUGAAGGACUACUCGUCUGGGGAGGAGAGAAUUUUGAAUUGUCUUUCAAAAUCUGGCAGUGUGGAGGCAGCAUACUGUGGGUUCCUUGCUCACACGUUGGUCAUGUUUAUCGAGGUUUUAUGCCUUACAAUUUUGGCAAACUCGCGCAAAAAAAGAAAGGACCGCUCAUUACAAUCAAUUAUAAAAGGGUUAUUGAAACUUGGUUCGACGAUAAGCAUAAAGAAUUCUUUUACACAAGAGAACCAUUAGCGAGAUUAUUGGAUCAUGGCGAUAUUACUGAGCAGCUUCUUUUCAAGAAACGAAAACAGUGCAAAAGUUUCCAAUGGUACAUGGAUAAUGUAGCUUAUGACGUUCUUGACAAGUUUCCAGAAUUACCGCCAAAUAUUCACUGGGGCGAGUUAGUAAGCGUGGCAACUUCAGCGUGUUUGGACACCAUGGCACAUUCACCCCCUAGUCUAAUGGCUACAUCCUAUUGCCAUGGAUUUGGAAACAACCAACUUAUGAGACUGAAUGCAAAGGGACAAUUGGGAGUCGGUGAGCGUUGCGUGGAAGCAGAUGGACAAGGUGUAAAAUUAGUAUUUUGUCGACAAGGAACUGUUGACGGUCCUUGGCAGUAUGAUGAGAAAACAAAAACUCUUCUACAUAGAGUACAUAAAAAAUGUGUAGCUCUUCAUCCACAAACUCAUCAAUUAUCGUUAAUGCCCUGUGAUAUUUACAAUACAUACCAGCAAUGGAGUUUCCAUCAAAUUCAUCCCAAGUGGUGAAAAUAACGUAUUUUCAAAGAAAAUACAUGCUCAGAAAAUCAUCAAAUUCCUAAGGUUACUAAACUGAUGAAAAACUAAUCAAGUUACUUGUAGAUUAUUUGUUGACAUUAGGUUCUUAAGUCAAAUUUUGUACAAAUGCGCAAUCGACCAAUUACAUUUUUUUAGCAACUUUUUUCAAUAUCCAAUAUAGGUGUAUAAAAUAUAAUUGAUUUAUUUUUUUAUACAAUUUUAGAUUUUCACUGAUAGUUUCAGAUAAUGUUUUUUAAAAUUGAAACGCACAAAAUUGGAAUUAGUUUGUAUUUUCAUAACUUUUUCUAUAAGUUUUCGCAUUUAAAUGAAUGAAGGAAUUUUUGACUGAAUUGAAAGAACACUUUCUACUAACAAUGUAGAGUACUUAAAGAGAAGAAGAUUAAUGUUUAUUAGGUAGAUAAAUGACUAUGAUUCCAAUUUAGAUUAGAAUUUACAAGAUAGUAUAGUAGUCUCUGUAUUUGUUAAAUAAUUUUAAAUCAUGACAAUAA